AUACAAUUUCGUACUUUCUCUUUACUGCCGAUCACAUUGAGUCCUACAACACACUCCAUUGAAGCAUCUUUUUCAUCCAUCUACUCUCUAUCUGACAUAAAAAUUCGCAAAAAUGAGACAGAAGCGUGCUAAAGCGUACCGCAAACUCAUGUCCUUGUACUCAAUGAGUUUUGGGUUCAGGCAACCCUACCAAGUUCUCGUGGAUUCUGAGAUGUGCAAAGCCGCCAUCAACCAAAAGCUAGACUUUGCCAAACAGCUGAGUGUCGUCCUUCAAGGCGACGUCAAGCCGAUGAUCACUCAAUGUUGUAUACAUGAGCUUUAUUUGCAAGGAAAAGAACAUCAGCCUGCAACGGACCUAGCAAAGACUUUCGAACGACGAAAAUGUAAUCAUAGGGAACCGAUUCCAGGAGACGAUUGUCUGCUUGACGUCGUUGUUGUCAAUGAGACUAACAAGCAUCGUUACGUCGUCGCUACACAAUCGACCGCUCUUCGCUCGAAAUUACGAGAAACUCCAGCUGUACCUGUCGUGCAUAUCAACCGUUCUGUUACGAUUCUUGAACCUCCAAGUGAGGCGACGCUAAAAUCCAAGGAAUUGAUGGAGGACGAGGCUCUGCGACCUUCUGCAUCGGAAACCAGUCGGUUAGCCCCGAAGACAGUCCCUGAAGAGCCACCCAAGACGAAGAAAAGGACGGGACCCAAAGGUCCUAACCCACUCAGCGUCAAGAAGAAGAAACCGAAGGAGUCCACCCCUGCUAAGAAACACGUUGACAAUACGGCGAGAGUGGGAGAGAAACGAAAACAUGAAGAAUCUGAAGGGGCGAGUGCUCCCGUAGAUUUGAAAAUGGAGGCAGAAGCGUCUGGCCACAAAAGAAAGCGACGACGGAAAGGUAAAAGCUCUGAAGUUACGGAGGCGAAAACAUGACAGCAUGUACAUACCACUUACAGUAUUUUGAGUAACAUUUCUUUUCAGUCUAUCACAUAUGUUCACCA